AUUGAACUCAAUCCGCGCCUCGCAGCGGCUAAAGCUCAUGUCCGAAACAUGACCACAUGAAGGCAGUUGUUCAUACCCUCUCUUAGAACUCUUCCACAUCUCGUGGGGCUCACCAUGGACUCCUCCUGCAGCGACGAGCGAAAGCACGCAGAGCCAUCGGAUGUUCGGGAUGUUGAUGUCGCGGCAACCCUCAAACCAGUUCCCCUCUCUGAUGAGGAGGCACGCUCUCUCAGGCGAAAGAUUGACUGGCACAUCAUGCCGUUUAUGUGUAUCAUGUACUUGAUCACUUUCAUGGACAAGACCACCCUUGGCGAAGCUGCUGUACUCGGUAUACUCGAGGAUGCCGAUUUGUCUGCCAAUCAAUACAAUUGGUUGGGUACAAUCUUCUACUUCAGCUACCUUGCGUUUCAAUACCCCCAGAAUCUGGCACUUCAACGCUUCCCCGUUGGCAAGUGGAUGAGCAUCAACAUUUUGCUGUGGUCGGUCAUCUUGUGUUGUCAUGCCGCCUGUAAAUCUUUCGGGGCUUUAUUCGCUGUCCGCUUUCUACUUGGUAUCUGUGAAGGCGCCAUAACCCCUGGAUUCAUGAUCGUGACCUCUAUGUUCUACACGCGAGAGGAACAAACCCUGCGCGUCGGUUACUGGUUUCUGAUGAAUGGCUUCGCUGUUAUUAUCCUUGGCUUCGUUAGCUUCGGCGUCCUUCACACCCAUACACCCAAUUUCAUGCCAUGGCAGUGGUUGAUGAUCAUCACUGGUACCAUCACAUUGGUGACAGCUGUCCUCUUCUGGUUCCUUUUCCCAGACUCUCCAACGUCGGCAUGGUUCCUCAGCGCAAAGGAGCGCGCUCAGGCUGUGCAACGUAUUCGGGUAAACCAGACCGGCAUAGAGAAUAAGCACUUCAAGUAUCCGCAAUUUGUAGAGACAGUUAAGGAUCCCAAAACAUGGCUUCUAGUUUUCAUUGCUGGUGCCUCAAACGUUGUCAACUCUCUUACUAAUCAACGCCAGUUGAUAGUAUCUCAGUUCGGUUUCAGUGCUAUUCAGACCACUCUUCUUGGUUGUGUGGAUGGAGUAGUAGAAAUCCUGACCAUCUGGCUCGGAGUCAGACUUGCUUCAUCAGAGUAUAUUGGUCGCGCAUAUGCUGGUACGCUGAUGUACCUCCCUGCGAUUUUGGGUGCCAUCCUUGUCAGCCUUCUUCCGUAUUCAAACAAGGUUGGCCUGCUAUUCUCUUAUUGGAUUUGCAUUUUUGCUAUCGCUCCAUUCACCAUCUUUUUGGGAUGGGUGGGUUCGAUAACUUCGGGACAUACCAAGCGGAUCACGACUAACGCUAUGGUGCUAUGCGGCUACGCAACGGGAAACGCUGUCAGCCAGUUUAUGUGGCAGGCUCAAUAUCAGCCAAGGAAUCACAUUCCAUGGGCGGUCAUUACUACUACCAACUUUUGCUCCGCAUUGGGACUGCUUCUCUUGCGUCAUAUUCUCGCCGCUGAUAAUGCCAAACGUGAACUGGAGGGCAGGGAUCCGGAGGUGGAAUCGGUCCAUGUUGUGCGUCUAGAGGAUGGCGUAGAGGUGAAGGUCGAUAGGACAUUCCUCGACCUUACUGAUAAGGAAAAUCGCAACUUCCGUUACGUCCUGUGAUCUCCUAUCUGACAUGGGGGCUAGCUGUACGCUUCAUUCUUUAGAGAGACCACGACUCACUAUGUUUUGUUCGUUCAUUUUCAUGCAGUAUUGCCAUUGUGUUUUGCAGCGCGUCAGCACUCUAGAGCAAUAAAGUAUGUGUCAUCUUCAGGCGGCUGAGUCGAAUGGAUACCCUCAAUCCAAGCGACGAUCUCCGCUCUCCUCCCGUUAUCUAGAGCUCUCAAACUAUAUGAGGGGUCAGGUAACCUUGCCUCACUCGCCCCAAAAUCUGCU